CGGGAUUCUGGAGGGGAGGAGUCCCGCGGAGGCUCCGAGGGAGGAGAGCAGGCUUGGGGUGCCUUGGAGGCCUACUCCCCGAAGAGCGGCCUUGCAGGCGAUGGGGGCACAUGGAUUGGGACCAAGGUGGACGUAUCAGGGAUGUCAGUACCGAUACCCUAACAAUUGGUUGGCUUUGAUCCCCAGUCCUGCCUGCCUUCUUUCCCCGCCUCAGUUGUAGCUGCCAUGACUACUCUCCAGACCACGAAGGAUCCCCGCCUCCGAGGGGUUCAUCCCACCCCUAGCAAGAUUCCGGUACUCUCCCAGAGAUGCCCAGAGUUUUCCACAGUCAAGCCGUGCUCCCUGGACCAGGAGAACCAAGACCCAAGGAGACUGGUGCAGAAGCCACCGCUCGGUACUCAGCGUUCGCUAGUUGACCCAGCAGGCCUCAGAUCCACAGUCUUGCACCAGACGGAGAAAUCACAAAGAUUGAUGGGCACUCAGCCCCGGAACCCCUUGGAGGAACUCACGCCUAGCCCUGGAGUACAAAAUGUGGGGUUCGGACACCCUCCCCAGACAGAGGCUACAGGGGCCAUAGAGUUUGUUGCUGAUCCUGCAGCCCUGGCCACCAUCCUGUCAGGUGAGGGAGUGAAGAGCUGUCCCCUGGGGCGCCAGUCCAGUUUGGCUCAGAGAGUAUUGGUUCGAGGGAACAAGGGAGGCACCAUCCGGAGGGGCCAGAGUGCCCGGUCUUCUGCAUACAUGGCUCCUAGAACCCCCAUCCAUCGACUGGACCCUGCCAGGGCUUCCUGUUUCUCAAGACUGGAGGGACCAGGACCCCGAGGCCAGACCUUGUGCCCACAGAGAUUAGAAGCUCUGAAUCCACCUUCAGGACUGGCCUUUCACCCCUCCACCCGCCUCAGUUUACAGGAGCUAAGAAGAGAGACAUGUGGCAGUAGCCGGACUUCAGUGAUCCAGGCGUCAAGAUUGCACCCAGAGACCCCAGCUCAGCCUGGUGAGUAUGUCUGGGGGAGAGCAGGAGUGGAUGAGCCGCCUGCACUAGGAACAAGACAAAAAGCUUCCUCACUCCCUGAAGGAGAACAUGAGAGUGUCCCUCAUUCAGAUGAAGGAGGAGGAGCCCUCUUGGGUCUGGCCCAGCGAGUACCACUAAGAGAAACCCAAGUGAUAAUGCACACCAGGGGCAGUAGUGAAUCUCUUCCGAUGCCCUCUCCUGCCCCUGUAGCCCAGCCCGUGUCUGGUUGUGUGAUGCCACCUGUCAUCCGCCCAUCACCCUUUGGACAGGCUCAGCGUGUCCCUUCCCCAGGCCUCUCGGCUGUGAACUCCUAUUCAUCCUUGCGACGAUUUGCCAUUCGACCCAAAACCCAAUUCACACCCAUCCGAUCAGCCCCCAGAGUCCAAAAGGCCCAGUGGUUGAGAGGCCUCUCUCCUCAUUCUUGUCCUGAAGAACCUCCCCUGCCCUGGGAGCAGAUUGCUGUACGGUUGUUUGACCAGGAUAGUUGCAUCACACUACAGGAGGGAUCUGGGAAACUGCCUGUGGCAAGUCCUUUCAAACCUCACCCCAAUAAAACCCCCAACUUCCAAGAACUAAAGGUGCAGCGCAUCAGUAUCCUGCAGCAGCUCUUGCGACACGAGGUAGAGGGGCUGGUAGUAGACAAGUGUGCCCCUCUUAAUGGAGGCUCUGCUCUAGAUAUGACUGAACUACAGCCCCUGCUGGCUACAAUAUCUAGAACUCUGAAUGUUCCAAAACAUAAUUCUGGAACUUCCCACCUUCCUGGACUGUCAAAAUGCUCUGAACUGCCAGAGCUCUGCCUUGCAGAAGAGUGUGAGGAGCCACAGCCCUGCCCUGGGGAUGAGGGAAAGGUGGCUCAGCCUUGCCCUCCCACAGAGCCAGAGCCCCUAGAGCUAUCAGAGCCCUCCCAGGAACAGCCAGAAGUCUUAGAGUCCAGCCCUCCAUCACUGCCUAGUCCCCAAGGGCAGGCUGGACCCCCUGAGGCUUGCCCUAGGAUAGAGCUGAGGGCAUCAGCAGCCCAUUUUCUGGAAGCUAGAAGCCCAGAGUCCAGCCCACUGCCUUCCUGCAGUCAGGGGCCUCCAGCCACCACCAGCUUGACCUUCUCUUCACAAAGCCCACUUUGUGCCAGCCUCCCUAUCCACUCAUUCCAGUCUCUGAGGCCCCAGACAGGCCAGUCAGGCCCCAGCAGUCUGGCCCCUCGAACCCUGGCCCUGAGGCAGCGCCUCAAAGCUUGUCUCGCCGCCAUCCACUGUUCCCAUGAGGCUCGUCUGGAUGACGAGUGUGCCUUCUACACCAGCCGAACCCCACCUCCAGGGCCCACCCGGGUCUGCACCAACCCUGUGGCCAUGUUGCUUGAAUGGCAAGAUGCCCUGUGUUUCAUUCCAGUCGGUUCUGUGGUCCCACAGGGCUCUCCAUCAUGACCCUGGUCUCCACCUGCUUCUCUGAUGAGCACACCCCUUCUCUUAGCCUUAUUUAUUGUUAAUUUGUAUAUGGCACUGGGGGCCAACACCCUUCUUUCUAUCCUUUAAUAAAGUUUCUAUGUUGCCAAAAUAUCCAGCUGA